CCAACCCUCGAUGGCGACAAUAGAACAAACUCCCAACUGAGCUCAAGUCCAUUUGCAGGGUUUUUCAUUCCCAUUGAAACAACGGUUAUCUACCAGAAUCCAUGGCGACUUCCCAAAAAUGUCUUCACUGAAGAGAGCAUAGAAAAUUACCAAUUUUUAAUGGUGGGAAAUGUGGGCAGGUGAAUAAAGCCGUUAAAUUUCUCAAUCGAAAUCCGAGUGAAGUCUGUUCGUUUGUUUAAGCUGAUUUCAAAUCCCUAAUCGAACCCCAAAUCACACAAACCCACAAAAUUCAAAUGUCAAAACCCUCGUCUCGGAUCUUCGAAGGCCUGCUAAGAUUUCACCGCAGCCAAAUCUCAAAACCCUCAUCUCCGUCUCCGCCUUCGUUGUCCUCCGCCAGGAGGAGCUACCACUCCAGCAAUGGGCCUCCUCCCCAGUUUCCCUCUCACCCGAAAACAGUCCCCGGAGGCGGGGUUGGCAGAUACUCGGGGCCGGGUAUGGGCCUGGGCAUGAGGUUUUUCUCUUUCAAGCCGUCGAAUUUCAGCAAAAUCGAUGCUAAGAAGGUGUUUGAUAAGCCGCUCUCUGCGGCGUCAUCGGCUUUCUCGCGGUACCAGGAGGCCAUUGGGUUGCAGAUUGAGGCGUUCUGGAAGAGGAACAAUCUGGUGCUGUUGGGAAUUGGGGGAGUGCUGGUUUGUGCUUUGCUAUGGAGGAUGAUGUUUGGGAUUGCUAGCACCUUCAUUGGACUCUCUGAAGGCAUGGCCAAGUAUGGCUUCCUCGCCCUUUCUACCGCCAUUGUCGCCUUCGCUGGCCUUUACAUCCGCUCGAGGUUCACAAUCAAUCCUGAUAAAGUUUAUCGAAUCGCAAUGAGGAAGCUUAAUACAUCUGCUGGGAUUCUCGAGGUUAUGGGUGCUCCUCUCUCUGGAUCAGAGCUAAGAGCUUACGUAAUGUCCGGAGGUGGAGUCACUCUGAAGAAGUUCAAGCCAACUUUUAGGAGCAAGCGGUGUUUCCUCAUUUUCCCCGUGCGAGGUUCUGAGAGGAAGGGUCUGGUUAAUGUUGAAGUAAAGAAGAAAGAAGGCCAGUAUGAUAUGAAGCUACUGGCAGUUGACAUUCCCAUGGCAUCAGGACCUGACCAGCGCUUGUUCCUGAUUGGCGAUGAAGAAGAGUACAAAGUUGGUGGCGGACUAAUAGCUGAGCUUAGAGAUCCGGUUGUGAAAGCAAUGGCUGCAACCGAGGAAUUUGAUAAUCUUGAUCAGAUUGAAGAAGAGGAGGAUGCUGAAAAAGCACUUGAGGAGGCAGAAAAAAAGCACCGCGAAGAAAUUGAAAAGCUCGAAAAAAGCGGGUCACAGUGAUUAUUUCUCUAGAUUUUGUUCAAGUCCCUUCCAUUCUCUUCUGUUUUGUUUUGAUACAGGAGUUUGUAAAUAACGCGCAAGUCUUUCGGCCGUCAGCUCAGAUUGUUGGUGUAGGUUACCCUUGCAUUGUUUUGCAGAGUUGAGUUUUAUUGGUUUAGUUUACGUUUGUACCGCAAACAGCCAACUUUGGAACUUUCAGAGUUAUGAUGGCCCCAAAGAGGGAAAUAAAAAUGACAGACUAACAGCUGAAGCAUAAAGCUUGGCUUUGAUUAUUUGUUUCUC